AUGCCAAUAUGUAUCGAAUGUUGCUAUCCCGUCUCUCAGCUCUACCACGUCCUCCAUAGCCGAAAUCACAAAGCCACCGCUCCGCCUGUCUCUGACCCAACCCGCAAGAAGUCCACCUCAAAUCUCUCAAGCCCACAGAGGCCCGUUCCCAACGUACCAAAGGUUCCGGAAAAGAAGCUCAAGACUACGAACACUGGAUCGGGUGGAGACGUGAGGUUGACGCAAUGCCCGCGUUGCAAGCGCUUUGCGGACAAAUAUGUCGAGCACGACUUUGUAGUAUUGUUUAUUGAUCUGGUGCUUGUGAAACCACAGGUCUACAGACACCUUUUGUUCAAUCGCCUCUCUCGUGAUGAUGAUGAGCUCGACCCCUCCAUCACCCGCCUCGGCACCCUUCUCCUCCUCUUCGACGUCUACCUUACCUGGUCCCACAUCGAAUCCUUUCCUCCAUCCCUCACAGCCAGUUCGCCAAUCCCAACGCUCCCCGUACUCCUCCAAUACGCUUUCUACUUCUUCCUCUGUGCCUUCACCACACUUUCUCAGCACUUGACCAUCCGUUGGCUGGCUAUUGUUUGGCGGCUUGGUGCCACAGCAAAGGAUGAGCAUAGCAAUGAAGGCGGCCCCAGCGUCAAUUCUGGUGGUAACACCAUCGCUCCAUUUCCAGCUCCGCCGAAGAAGCCAACCCCUAAUUCCAUCUCGACGGCUCUGUUUGUCAGCUCCUGCCUGUCCUUAUUUCCCAUCUUGAUGGAUGUCUGGAAGUAUGGUGAUACAUCAGAAGCCACGAAUCCUACCACGACCACGGAACCACCACUCAACAGCUCCAGCGUGACAUUUGUGUUUAGCUUCCUCUCCACGCAAGGCGGAGGCGUUGAUUGGGUGCGACGAGGUGUUGCAUGGGCUGUUGCUGUCCAGAACAUGGAGGCGUUGAGGAUACUACUGGGAUGCAGAUAUUUGACAGCUUUGGGCUUGGUAGCUGCUGGUGGAGCGGUAAAGUGGGUAGUCAGAAGUAUAAUAUUGGGAACUGUUGGACUUGGAGCCGAAGGAUGA